AGAGUGGUGGGGUCCAACUGCUGCACCCAACAGCAACAAUGAGCAUGGAGCAGUCUGAAAUACUGAGAACGCCAUGGACUUGACUGAACAGGAAGAGCUGUAGCACCAGAAAGCCAAUCCCAUCUCAGGCACAAUUUCUACCCUUUAUAACCAGCGAACAGAGUGUUGGCUGUGAAAAUAUCUGACUUGAUGUGAUUCUGAUUCUCGUUAACACUAAUCCUAGUGGUAGCAGAAUGUCCCAUUACAGCCAUCAUGAGCUGAUACAGCGUUCUGAAGAUGAGCACCAUGGACAACCAGAGGAAGCAAAAGGAAACUUCCUUCAGGGAUUUUUUUUUUUUUUCCAUGCCCUGGUGACAGCUACCGUAAGGCUGUGGCAGUUGUAUACUUUCCUUGUUCCACCAAGUGAGAAGAGUGAUGACCAUCCUUUUCCUUACUAUGGUUAUCUCAUACUUCAGUUGCAUGAAAGCUGCCCCGAUGAAAGAAGCUGGUCUAAGAGGACAAGGCAGCUUGGCUUACCCAGGUCUUCGGACCCACGGGACUCUUGAGGGCCUAAAUGGGCCCAGUGCUGGUUCGAGAGGACUGACGUCGCUGGCAGACACUUUUGAACACGUCAUAGAGGAGCUCCUAGACGAGGACCAGGACAUCCAGCCCAGCGAGGAGAACAAGGAUGCAGACUUGUACACAUCCCGAGUCAUGCUGAGCAGUCAAGUGCCUUUGGAACCCCCGCUGCUCUUCCUGCUCGAGGAGUACAAAAACUACUUGGAUGCUGCAAACAUGUCCAUGAGGGUCCGGCGCCACUCCGACCCGGCUCGCCGUGGGGAACUGAGCGUGUGUGACAGCACGAGCGAGUGGGUGACGGCGGCGGAGAAAAAGACUGCGGUGGACAUGUCCGGGGCCACCGUCACGGUCCUGGAAAAAGUCCCAGUGCCCAAAGGCCAACUGAAGCAAUACUUCUACGAGACCAAAUGCAACCCUAAGGGGUACACAAAGGAGGGCUGCAGGGGCAUAGACAAGAGGCACUGGAACUCCCAGUGCCGAACUACCCAGUCUUACGUGAGAGCUCUCACCAUGGAUAACAAAAAGAGAGUUGGCUGGCGCUUCAUAAGGAUAGACACUUCUUGUGUAUGUACAUUAACCAUUAAAAGGGGAAGAUAGUGGGUUCGUGUUGUAUAGAUUAUAUUGAGACAAAAUUAUCUAUUUGUAUAUAUACAUAACAGGGUAAAUUAUUCGGUUAAAAAAAAAAAAAAUAAUUUUAUGGACUGCAUGU